UGUAUGAUUAUGGAGAAUACAAACCAUGAUUUGUCAAGGUGCACACACCAUAUUAGUGUCCAUCAUACUUAUUUUUCAUCAGUCAAUGAGGUUGCCUUCAAACAAUGAAUCCUUGCGAACAUUGUAUCAAUUAGAGCUUUAUGGCUCAAGAAUUUCUGGUUGCUUCCCCACAAAUCCCUCUCUGCGAGUUUUACGUGUGAGGAAAUUCAAGUUAUCAUCACUUGGGAGUUUAGUUCAUUUGAGGUAUUUGGAGCUUUAUCAUAUUAAAACAAAGAAGCUCCCUAACUCUAUUUACAACUUGCAUAAAUUGGAAAUCUUGAAACUGAAACAUUUACCGGAUCUUCUUUGUCUACCAGAACGUUUGAAUUGCUUAAAACAUCUCAGACAUCUUAUCAUUGAAGAUUGUUUUUCAUUGUCUUGUAUGUUCCCUUACAUUGGAAGAUUAUCUUCCCUAAGAACAGUAAGUGUAUACAUAGUCAGAUCAAAAACGGGGCACAACUUGGCAGAGUUACGUGAUCUAAAGCUAGAAGGAAAACUGAGCAUUGAAGGCCUAGAAAAUGUUAGCAGCUUAUCUGAUGUUCGAGAGGCCAAUUUGAUGGGUAAAAAAGACCUCCGAGAAUUAUGCCUGUCAUGGAGCAACAGUGGUAAAACUAAGACACGUGCCAAUAAUGCUAUUGAAGUACUUCAUCUGCUUCAACCUCACUCAAAUCUCAAGUGUUUGAGAAUUCUUCACUAUGAAGGAUUGUAUUUUCCAAGCUGGAUUGAGAUUCAUAAUUGUUUAGUUUACCUUGAACUUAGGUCCUGCAAGAACUGUGUGCAAUUUCCACCAUUUGGUAAACUACCAUUUCUAAAACAACUCAUUUUAAGCAAUAUGGAUGAGGUGCGGUAUGUGGACGUUGAUGAAUCUCACGAUGGUGUGGGGGUGAGGGUUUUCCCAUCUCUGGAAAAAGUCUCAUUACUAGGUUUGCCAAACUUUGAACGGUUAUUGAAAAUGGAAAGGCGGGAGAUGUUCCGUCUUUCUGAUUUGACCAUUUGUGGUUGCCCUAAACUUGUGUUGCAAUUCCUUCCAUCCCUUAAAGACCUCAUUGUAAUUGGAUGUAACAGUCAGUUACUAAGGCCAAUAUCUAGUUUCCAUUGUCUUACCACCCUUCUGCUUAGUGAAGGUAACAAAAUGACAUCCUUUCCAGAAGGCAUGUUGAGAAACUUGACUUGUCUGCAAACUCUUAUACUAACUAAUUUCCCGAAAUUAAAGGAACUACCAAAUGAACCCUUAAGCCUGGCUUUAGAACGUCUGCAAAUUUCUCGUUGUGGUGACCUUGAGUCUUCACCGGAGCAAAUGUUGGAAGGUCUUCAAUCCCUUCGAACAAUUGAAAUAUCUAGUUGUGGAUUGAGAUCCUUGCCAGAAUGUAUUCGAAAUCUCACUUCACUUGAGGUACUGACUAUUUGUGAUUGCCCAACAUUAAAGGAGCGAUGUAAUGAAGGAACAGGGGAGGACUAUGACAAAAUAGCGCACAUUCCAAAAUUUGGUAUUGAAUAGAAUAAAAAAGCAGACAUGUUUGAAGAACAUUGAGUCAACUUGUUUAUUCUUAUAUACUUCCACCACCACUGUUAUUACCUUUGCUUGCUGCUCCUUCUCAUUUGCCACAUUUCCACCAAAUCCGUACUAUCAAGAGCAGGAAGAGUAUAAGAGUUUACUCCAGACACAAUGCAUCAGAGUUUCUACAGGGAUGGAUCUAUGAAGUAGGAAGAAAGUAGCUAUUUUAUUUUCACAUUGUAACUUUAGUGCAAGAAUUGUAACUUUUAAUCAUGUUGAUGAAGUAAUGAUUAAUCCAAUUAAUCUGUACAUUAUGAUGAGGUAUUUUCUAACAUACUAGUAUUGAUGGAGUAAUUAUUAUACCACUCAAAGUUAAAAGCA